CGAAUUAAAUUUGGUUAAUAAUGCCGCUAGGGGAAGUUCUGUUUUUGUUAUUUACGCGUUACCAUAGCAACAUUUGAAAAUUUGAAUUUGAAAUAGAUUUUUUCAUCAAAAUCGGAAAAUGAGCUGCUUAAAAAGACAUUCUCCUCAGAGGUUUAAAGGAACUCACUGUGAUGUCAUUAAUUUGUUCGAAAAUGGAGUUUUUAGGAAAUUAAUUAUUCCUCGACCUGAACCAACUAUUAAAACUACUAUACUGACUGCUAGUGAAUUAAAAAACAUACAGCAAAAUGCUUUUUAUAUAUCUCCAGAGCUGAGAAAAAUCAAAGAAGAUGAAAGGAAAAAAUUCAGAGAUGCAUUAGAGAAAGCUGUAGAAAAUCGCAAGUGUUGUAUGAAAUAUUAUGAUGACAUAAGAGAAAAGAACCAUAACUCAAAUGACACAGAAGAAGCUAAAAAUUUAUCAGAUGUUCUGAAUAAAAGAGCCGAAAAAACAAAAAUUGAAGGUGAAGAGGAAGUAAAACAUCUAAAUCAGUUGAUUCGAAAUGUGAAAUGUCAAGCAAUUCGAGACAAACAAGUAUAUGAAAAAGCACAAAUAGAAAGAGAGAUAAAGAAUGUAAACCAAUCUUUAGAUGAAAUGAUGGAAAGAGAAAGAACACUAGCUAUUCAAAAACAAGAAGAAAAAGAUAGAAAGAAUAAGGAAGAGAGUCAAAGAUAUGGAAAUCUACUUAGAAAACAAAUAUAUGAUAAUUUGGAACAGAUAGAAUUAGAUAAAGACCAGAAAUAUUUAGAACAAAAAGAGUUAAGACAUCUUGUUAAAAAAAUGCAAUUAGAAGACUUAAAAGCAUUUCAAAGUCGAAAGAAAGAUCAGAAAGAAUUAAUGGCAGACAUUUUGAUGCAAUUAGAGGAUCUGCUGGCUCGCAGAAAAUGGGAAAAUGAAAGAAAACUGACUGAAGAAUUAAGAUACUUGGCAUUUAUGAAUGAAAAAGCUGAACGUGAGGAAGCAGAAGAACGGAGACUAAGAGAAGAAAAGAGACAGAGAGAGAGAGAAAUUGAUGAGCUUCGGAAGAAACAAGAACAGGUGGUAGACAUUUUAGCAGAAGAGGAUGAACGAAAAGCACGAAGAGCGCAGGAGGAACUGGAAAGAAAAUGGAGAAAAAGAGAACUGGAGGAUGCGAAAAAAUUAACACAGGGUAAGAUAGAAUUACGCAAAGCACUGGACAACCAAAUAGAUACGAAAAUGUCCCUUUUGGCAUCUGAAAAACAGAAAGACAAAGAAGAAUUUCAUCAUGUUUUAUAUAAUCUGGUGUCUGCACUCGAAAACGAACGAAAAGAAGAAUUAAGUAGAAAGAAAGAAGCCAUAAAAUAUGGAUCGGAUCUUUUGGCUCAAAUAAGAGAUAAUGAGAAACGUUAUGCUGCUAUCAGGAGAACCAUAUUACGCGAGGGGAAACAAAUGUAUGAAGACGAACAGAGAAGGAAAAAGAACGUGGAGCAUAUAAAAGCCGAGAAGUUUAAAGAAUUACAAAAAUAUGCGAUCAGACCUCAUUACCUAGCACAUAUUGAGCGAAGUAUUAAUCCACCCUCCUUACUUAAGAGGAACUAAAGACUGGAAUAAAGUAUAUCUAUAUUUAUUAUUUAUCUGAAUGCAAAAUAUAAAUUACCAAAUCAAUAAAUUAUUUUAAAAAUAAUGAAAAAUCAAAUUUAUAAAAUGAAUAAAAUUUACAAAAAUAACUGUAUUUAGAGCAGAACAUAUUAAACAUUUUUACUUGAUGCUUCACAAUGUAGACUGUUGUGUAUUUUCUCUGUGUUAAAUAUAACAGAUCGAUUAAUCAGAUACGAAACAUUUAAGCUUCAAAACACAAGAGACAGAGACUGUCCAAUCAUAGAUGUGGACUUCUAACUAUUGACAAAUGAAAUCAGACUUUAGUUUAUUCCAAAUUGUCCAGACAUUUUACGCUUUACAAUUUUGGUUAUCCUGCUUUUUGUUGUUUUCAAUUCCAAAACUUAUCACACACACACAAA